CACACUCUCCCAAGGUUGUUACAACGCUCUAAAUGCCUCAAUCCCGCAAUGCCAUGGCUACUUCCGCUGGAUAAUGCAAAGUGACUGGUACGGCUCCUUGAACAACGUGACGUAUCAAAAUAUGCUCUGCAACCAGACUUGCGGAACAGCGUUCAAUAGCUACCGAUCAAAGAUAGUUUCAGGCUGUUCCAAGGAUCCCGAGCCGUUUCAAGGAAUUCCAGCCACGUAUUGGGCAGAUGGUGCUAUAUCUGCGUUCAACACCAUCUGUCUCAAAGACUCCAAGACAGGAGAGUACUGCACAGACUACACGGCGAAGUUGUACAACGGAACAACCCCAUUGGACGACAACGUCCUUAACUGGCCGCAGUCGCAAAUCUGCUCAUCUUGUAUGAUUGGUUUGUUUCGCCAACUUCAAAGUACACCAUAUUCCAAUUACGGCGACGGUCUCGCCAAGACGUGGGCCGAUGUACAGAAGAAGUGCGCGAUUUCGUACCCUACAGCGGUGCCUACCCUGCAGACAAAUGUCACAAACAGGUUUGGGUUCGCCAAUCCAGGAUCUGGAUACAACUACGGCUGCCUGACUGGCAAGACCUACAACGUAAAGGCGGGCGAGAACUGUGAGAUCAUCGCGGAAAGAAACAACGUGUCAACAGGGACCCUGAUAAGUAUCAAUCAACUGUUGCCUGACUGUAGUGACCUUCAAGGAGGCCAAAUACUAUGCCUGCCGUCAACAUGUCAAUCCUAUGUUGUCCAAAGCGGUGACACGUGCAUCUCGAUUGCAGAAAAGCGAAACCUACAGCUCCAUCAGAUCAUUGCAUGGAACCCGUCAUUGAACAACUAUUGCACGAACCUUCUUUCCGGCCGGAAUCUAUGUAUCAGUCCACCAGGCGGAACUACGAAAUUGACGACAAUUCCUGGAGCGACAGUGACUAACACCGCCAUCUAUGCGACGUCGACUGCCUCGCCGCCUAGCCCAAUAGCCUCGGGGACGACCAGAAAAUGCGGGUCGUAUUAUAUGGUCCAACAGGGCGAUUACUGUCAACUUGUUACCUUGAACCAAACGAUCUCGCUGGGUCUCUUCCUAGCUAUAAAUUCGGGGAUCGAUUCGCAAUGCAGCAAUUUGCAGCAGGGCAUGUAUUACUGCGUUUACCCUACUGCAGAUUGGAACACCACAACGAGCUCUGAAGUUGUUAGCCCACCAGCUGCGACCCCAACAGGAACGACUCCAACUUGUUACGAAUGGUAUGUCAUACAGACCGGAGACUACUGUGGGAAGGUUCAAGAGCGGUUUGCUAUUACUUUCCAGCAGUUGCAGUACUGGAACCCUUCGCUGCAAAGUGACUGUUCCAAUUUGCAGCUCAGCGUGGCAUAUUGCGUGCAUGGAGCCCAAGAGCCACCUUCUGCUAUUCGUAUGCCGGAACCAACAGGAAUUAAUGCUCAUAUCAAGAGGAUGUUUCGAAGGGGACCUGUGGAAACGGGUUCAUCGGUCGAGGGUGGCGUACCUAUCGGGUGGCCAUACCUGGACGCACCACGAUAUAAAAGAUCCGAUGAAUAAUGAACGAAAGCCUGCAUAGUAUAGCCAAACGCGU